AUGUCGAACCGAAAGCACCGGGACAACCAGGAGAUCUGCGCCCGCAAGGUGCGGGAGCUGGCCCAGUCCGGCGUCAACAAACACUGCUUCGAGUGCGCGCAGCCCGGGGUGACUUACACCGACGUGACGGUGGGCAGCUUCGUCUGCACGUCCUGCUCCGGAAUGCUGGUGUGUGGUUAUCUGCCGGCGUGGGAUCGCGCUCCGGUCAUCUCGCCCGCCGACGUGCGCACGGACGCCUUCACGGCCCGCCCGUCCCGCUCCCAGAGCUUCAGGGACCCCCCCCUGAAAGAUCCCAGCCUGUGUGGCAUAGAAAGGCAGCGGCCGGGUUCCCUGUCGUCCACCCUGGGGGGGCAGAGCCACGCCCCCUCCUUCCCCGCCCUGCCGCGGCCCUCAGGUCGCACGGUGUCGGCGUCGGGGGCCUCGGGGCCCUUCAGGGCCUUCCCCAAGUCUCUCAGCGUGGACUUUGGCGGUCUGAGCCACCCCCACCCCCAGCCGCUGCCCCAGUCCCUGUCCCAGCCCCAUCACCAUCAGCCCCAUCAGCAUCAGCCCCAUCAGCCCCAUCACCAUCAGCCCCAUCAGCCCCAUCAGCAUCAGCAUCAGCCCCAUCAGCCCCAUCAGCCCCAUCAGCCCCAUCAGCAUCAGCAUCAGCUCCAUCAGCCCCAUCAGCACCAGCCGCCCGCCGGCGCCGCCCACCAGACCACGCCGCCGCUCGCCGGCGCCGGCGGCCGGGACAAGUACGCCGCCGUGUCGCAGCUGGACAGCGUCUUCUGCGACCCGCCGCCGGCCGCAGGUGACUCCAGUGCAUUUGUCACUUCGCCCACCUCGAUUUUUCCUCCGUCCGCCUCCUUCCCGGCGCCCGCCACCCAGGAUGCUUUCCCUCAUGAGUCAGCCAUCAAUCAAGAAGCAAACGGUUUUGCCUCCUUCCCUGCCUCCGAAUCUCAGCCCAAAGUUCCCCGGUCCAUGUCUGUGAACCCCUUCACGGGGAAUGUUUACCCCAGUCGGGGGACGUCCAGAAACCCUUUCAUCUGA